GUCAGAGCGAGUCUGGGCGAGUCUCCUGCAGACGUCGAGCAGGAUGAGAGCAGAACCAGGAGGACAAGACGCCUUCUUCAUGCUUCCACCAAAAGUGACUCAUGCGUGACAGCUGAGAUCGAGGCGCACAAGUAUCACAAGGAGACUCGGGGUCCGGUUGAAGUCACUUCCACUUUGAUUCUGCAAAGGAAAAAAAACACAGAAUGCAUCCUCAGCCUCGCCGUGACCCCUCCAUGACCGGGAAAGAGCGCAGCCCCCGCCACAGGCCGUGGUCGGUCUACCGGGCCAACACGUUUGAUCUCUCGGCGGAGAUGAUGGGCCUGGCACUGUCAGGAAACAGUCAGGAUCCAGACGAGCCUGUGUUAGAGUUCAGUUUGGUCUGCAGUGAACUGGUCACGCCCACUGUGGACCGUAAGCCCAGCAGCUUUGUGGCUGUGAGCUGCACCACCCCCCCUCAGGCCUUCUGGACCAAACACUCUCAAACUGAAAUCAUAGAGGGCACCGGUAACCCCAACUUCUUGAGCAGCGUCGCCUUCUUCCAGGACUCUCUGAUCACUCAGCAGACUCAGGUCAAGCUAUCAGUCUACGAUGUCAAGGAUCGCUCCCAGGGGACUAUGUACAUGUUAGGCUCGGCCAUGUUUUCCUUGAAGGAGCUGCUGCAGGACAAACAUCACCGCCUGCAUCUGACUCUCAGAUCGGCCGAGAAUGAGCGAGUGGGCAACAUUACGGUGAUCGCCUGGCAGAUUGAGGAGAAACGCGAGCAGAGAGCUCCUGUUGCAAGACUACAACGAGGAGACACCAUCAAUGGAAGGAUGGUUCUUCCUGUGGAUGAAAGUCUAACCGAGUCCAAAGGCAUCAAGUCCAAGUCUUCGUCCUUGUGUAAAGAUCCUCUACUUAAGGCUGUCUUUGGGGGCGUCAUGUCGCAGACUUACCGUUUCCCCACCACGGACGGCAACCAUCUUCGGGUCCUGGAGCAGAUGGCGGAGAGUGUUCUCUCGCUGCACAUCCCUCGACAGUUUGUCAAGCUGCUGCUGGAGGAAGAUGCAGUCAGGGUGUGCGAGCUGGAAGAACUUGGCGAGCUGUCGCCAUGCUGGGAGAACCUCCGGAGGCAGAUCAUCACACAGUACCAGACCAUCAUCCUCACCUACCAGGAGACCAUCAGUGACCUGCACGAGUACAAAGGUCCUUCUUUUAAAUCUAGCACACUAAAAGCAGAGCGAAAGUUGGAGUUCAUCCCGACAAACCUGCACAUACAGAGAAUGAGAGUUCAAGGACAGACCGGCUACGACCACACAUACGACGUGGUGACCAUUGGCGCUCCUGCAGCACAUCAUCAAGGCUUUAAAGGCUGCGGCCUGCGCAAACUUCUGCACAAGCUAGAAGAAGCCAGAAAGCACACUUACGAGGAAGAGAGCUCUGUCAGCUCAAGAGCUAUGGCGUACCAGCCGCAGGAUGUUGUGCGAGCAAAGGAGCUGAUUGGACAAAUUAACACACUGAAGACGCAAGUGUGUUACUAUAUCGAGCGGCUGUCUCGAGCCGCCAAGGAACGCUCGGCUAAUGCUCUGGAGAGAACCUUGGCCAUCCUCAAAGAGAAGACUCGUCAGCUGGUGAGCGCGUGCGACUCCAAGCUCUUAUCCUCCGCCAUCAUCGCCCUGGCCGCCGCCCGCCCAGAGCCCGCCCUGCGAGGCACGCCGUCCCCGUCAUCUUCCUCCCUCUCGCCCUCCUCCCGCUCGCCUUCCCGCUCGCCCUCCCACCACCCGACAUCCCCCUUGCGGGCGGCGACCUCGCCCUCUCGCCACGCCACUCUCCCUGAGGGCGGCGAAGGGAGUAAAAGCAAGCGCGCUUCCUUGCAGGCCGACUUGCACGAAGAGGAGUGGAGGAAGGUGUGGCUGAAUGUUGACAAGAGUCUGGAGUGUGUGAUUCAGAAGGUGGACAGGUUGCUGCAGAGAGACCAGCUUCAGAGCGACAGCAGCUCUGAUGACGUGUUCGCCAUGGCCAGCGAGGAACCCAAAAACACCAAAAAAGGGAACAGUCCAGAAGUGGAUAAGAAAUCACCAGGUGAGUGGAGCGAGGCUAUGCACCCUCUGCUGGCCACGCUGAGCGACUGCGCCUCGCUGCUGGGCGACAAGGCCAGGAAGGCCAUGGUGUUCCUCCUCAUGCAGGACAGCGCCCCCACCAUCGCCAUGAGCCUCACGCUGCAGUACCGCCGCGACGUCGUCUUCUGCCAGACCCUAACAGCUCUGAUCUGCGGCUUUGUCCUCAAGCUGAGGAACAGCCUCUGUGAUUUGGGCUUCCUCAGGCAGCUCCACACUAUCGGCCUCCUGGUGCAGUAUGAGAGCUUACUCAGCACCUACGGUGAGGAGCUGGCCAUGCUGGAGGACAUGAGCGUGGGGGUGAACGACCUGAUGAACGUCACCUUUAAAAUCACGCAAGCAAGCACAGCUUUCAGCCCCGACAUGCUGCCGGUCAUCACGGGAAACAGGAACGGCUUUAACGUCAGGGUUCCGAUCCCGGGCGCCAUAUUCGACACUCUGCCGCGGGAGAUCCAGAACGGGAUGUUGCUGCGCGUGCAACCGGUGCUCUUCAACGUGGGCAUCAACGAGCAACAAACGCUGGCUGAGAAGUUUGGAGACACGUCCUUACAGGAAGUGAUCAACACAGAGAGCAUGGCGCGUCUCAGCUUGUACUACGACCACUUUAAAGAGGUCCUCCCCGAGGACUGCCUGCAUCGCUCUCGCAGUAGCACCGGUAUGCCCGACCUGCUCAGACUGCUCAACCAGAACAUCAACGCCAAGAAGAGCAAGAACGUGGAGAUUCUGUGGCAGGCGGCCGAGGCAUGCCGGCGCUUGAACGGAGUGCGUUUUACCAGCUGCAAGAGCGCCAAAGACCGCACUGCCAUGUCCCUGACCCUGGAGCAGUGUCAAAUCCUGCAGCAGGAGCACGCCUUGGCCCCACAGGUCUUCUACCAGGCCCUGGACUGCAUGCGCAGUGAGGGCUGCAGACGAGAGAACACCAUGAAGAACGUGGGAUGUCGCAAAUACGCCUUUAACGCUCUCCAGCUCAAGGCCUUUCCUAAACAGUAUCGCCCUCCGGAGGGCACGUAUGGGAAAGUGGAAUCCUAACUGCAGUGAAAAAGACUGAUGAGAGCACCCACACAACAACACACACAAACAAAACACCUACAACACACAACGUGCAGCAUUUGUUGUGUUUAGUCACAGCCUGGUAUAGGUUGAUUUAUAGUGGUCUUGCCGCCUCUCGGUUUAAUAGCAUUGCAUCUAUUAUUUAUGUAUCUGAAAAAGGAAAAGGGCAGGAAAUGAUAAAUGAAUUAGCCUAAAGCUACACGAAAUGUCACAGGUGCACCAGUUGUGUGUUAAUGUGCAACGACAAGUACAAAUAUUGUUUACUCAUG